UGACAGUACUGGCAUAGUAGACAUAAGUGAUACUCGUAUAAAGUAGCUAUCAAUUUUCAAGCCAGAGGAAGUCCCAUUGACAGGAAAAAGAAAAAAAUGGGAGUGAAGUUGAAGUUGCUGGUAAACAGUGUAACAAAGAAGGUGGUAUUUGCAGAAGCAGGGAAGGAAUUUGUUGAUUUCUUGAUGGGGUUAAUGGAGAUUCCACUUGGUUCAAUCCUCCGUCUUUUGAAACAAAAUUCCGAAAAUAGAGAUGGAAAUUCUAAUUUAUCCUUGGAAAAACUUUAUGAAAGUAUCUACUUAUUUGAUGAAUCAUACCUUCAGAAAUCUGAUGUCAGGAGUUCUGUUUUGGACCCUAAAUUUUCAUCUGUUACUAAAGUCAAGCAGGCUCAUGUCCUUCAACAGUUAAUUCAAGUCAACAGUAACUACUCCUCCUACUCCCAAUCUAGCCGGGAUGAGAUAGAUGGGUAUGUUAAGGGUGCUGCUAACUACAUGGUGAAGGAUGAUCUCUCGAUAACACCUUGCUCAACCAUCUCGAGCAUUAAUCUCUUCAACAUACAUGGCGUCAAAGAUAUCAGCUUCCUCCAAGAGAUGACUGUUGAGGUCGAUGGUAAAAAGGUCUUUCUCUUGCCCUAUUCAUAUUUUUCGUUUCCAUACUAAGUUACUUGUCACAUUUCCCCGGACUACAUUUUUAAGAAUAUGUCACAGUUUACUCAUUAUUCAACCUUAAGUUUAAUUACAAUUGUUCUAGAAAAUAUGAUAGUUACAUUCUAUAAAUUCAUGUAAGUAUAAUUCUGGACUUCUGAAUAACGUUCAGGAAAUUGUUAAUACUGUAAUGCUUACUUGAAAAUUAAUUUUGAGUGUUUGACUGGCUUUAGAGCUGGUGAGAACUGCAUUUUAUUCCAGUACGGUCCUCACAGACGUUUUCAUGAGCAACGAUCAAAGCAUGACUUCUACCAGUAAAAAUGAG